UAUAAUACAUGGUCUUAAACGAAUACAUUAUAAUGGUCAUUAUCAUGGUAAUCUUCAUGGUGGUAACUUGUUAAUUUCGGCCAAUAAUGCAAUAAUCACAGACGUCGGUUUAUAUGAAUGCGAACGCCCAUUUUGUAAAGAUCCUCAUGACCUUGAUCUUGCAACAUGCAUAUGUAAUGAUUUACGACCAGAAAUCGUUACUAAUACUCCGGAAGUAUACUUAUCACUAAUGAAAAGAUGCUGGCAUAAAAAUCCCGAAGAACGUCCUAAUAUGGUAGAGCUAUGUGAGAAGUUAGAUAGCUGGGCAACGGCUAUACAACAUAAUCCUACUUCAAUAACUUCACGACAAUUUCAAGAUGAUAAUAGGAAAAGAUCUAUAUUCAAGAGUCAAACUAUUGACCCUACGGCAAUAUACAAGAGUCGAUUAUUAAAUUUUCAAUCCCUUCACAUUACACAAUGA